AUGGAUCAGCAGAGUCUGCAGGAUAUAGAAAUCGAUAAAUAUGAGGACGCCAACAGCAAGUACUCUCUAGAUGCACAUAAACGUAAAAACCAGUCUGUGCUAAUUCUUAAGGUACGUUGUUUUUAAAAAAGGGAUAGACUGUAGACUUGUGUCGCGAUUAGUUUGUGGUAC